AUGAGCAGAUCCAACCGCUACCCUUACGACCGCUACGAACCACGCCCGUCCUAUGCGCCGCGAUCACCAACCUCUGAACGGGUUUCGCGAUAUCCUCCUCGUUCGCCGGUAACGAAGCGACGUUCGUCAUGGCCCCCGCAGGCCUUUGCGGAGGAUGAGGUGGUUUCACUGCGCCGUGAAUCGAACGCACAGCAGCUGCUACAAGAUGUAGGCAAGGAUGAGGCAGCCGCACGCGGAACCAUCGAUCAGGAGCCGCUCAUCAUCGACAAUGGCGACGUGAACAGUCGAAACGAACGUCGCUAUGCGGCCUCAGACUCCGAGCGAGACACGCGUAAGCCCAGUGGCAUGCCAACUCCUCCGACCAGCGAAGAUGAAAGAGUCCGCAAGGCCAGGCGGAAACCGUCCAAGUUGGUCAUCGACGACGACGAUAGAGUACCGGAGAUUUCUAAGAGAACGUCUUCGCCAUAUGCUUUCACCAAGCCAACGAAGCCGCAACCAACCACCUCGAGUGAUCGAUAUAGCUCGCGUGACACAUUGACACCGCCUUCAUCUGGAAUUUCUGGGGUCAAGACAACCCGUUUCGCAAGCUCAACUCCAUCUUCCCCACGACGAGAUUCAGGCCGUCACAGCCCGAAUGUAAGGAGGGGCAACGACUACUUCAAUGCAGGUUAUACGAAGAAUGAAAGCGCCAUUGACGAUGGAGACGUCGAUUACAAGACGUUGUCAGGCAAGGGAAAGAAGGUGACUGAUCGACCUUUGGUUGAGAGUCCUCGAGUCUCUGCUGUCGACUUUGCCGCGCCGUCAGUCAACUCUCAACCCAUUAGAAAACUCAAUCUCGAUGCUAGACGCAACACGGAUACGCAGAACACUUUGCCAACCUUGGGAAGACUAAAUGUCGACAAGUCUCGCCGGCCAACCCCUUUGAUGGCUUCGACCUCACUUAGUGAAGCUCAAAACACAGAUCCUAUCUCGUCGGCAACAUUGAAUCCAAAGUCGGCCGAUACAUAUCCAGGAUAUCCUCGUUCGAGGGAGUCGAGUUACGCUUCGUCUCGUCCGGUAUCACCAGCUGACUCGAUCGGGAGGGCUCCAGCUCCAGGGGCUCGUUCACCACGAAUGAGUGCAGAAUUCUCUCAGAAUAGCAGUGGAGUCGCUUCAAGGCCAAGCUCGGCAGGGGCAUCAAGACCUAGCUCACCGUCUCCUCAGACGCCUUCCAUGGAAUCACCACGCUUGGGUAGAACCGACCUUGAUUGGAGUGCGCUAUUAGCCGCCAAUGCAGCGAGGAAAACCAAGGCACCUUCACGACUUACAUCCACUGUUCCUCGGGAACAGUAUUCGGAGUCUCCGAGGAAAACCAGCUCUAGGGACGGCCCUCCUACCUCGACGAGCUCUCUACCUUAUCCAGAAGACACCACGUUGAUGGGUUCAAGCAUAACCAUGCCACAGGAGCAAGACCACGCGUACGUCCAUGGGAAGCAGACACCUUUCGCACCUUCCUCAUACGAAUCGAGAGAUGCUGCACGGUCGUCAUCACCAGCUCCAAGUACCUCAUCGUACACUUCCACGACAUCGGCCAGACCUGGCUUGGACCGAGCACGGUCGGCAUACCUCGCUUUCCAACAAGGCGAAAAGGUUGGCCCACAAGCACGGCCUCGACCAGCAGAGGUCAAACGAACAGAAUCAUUCGCCACUUCGUCCGAGGCGAAGAAACAACUUCAAGUACUGAUGAAGAAGGGCCUCCCUGCAUGCCCUCGACCUGAUCCCAUCGACGGAUACGACGACUGGUAUACCGUCACCGGUGCCACCAACAUUGACUUCUGCCCAGAUUGUAUUGACACUUUAUUUGAACGAACUGUUUUCCGGCCACACUUUCGUCGGUCGUUACCGCGUAAUCUUAAUACGAAAGUUCGAUGCGCUUUUGGAUCUCCUUGGAUCCGACUGGCAUGGCUGCUCACCCUCCAGCAGCAACGGACCGAUCUGAGUCUGCUUAAGGAUCUUGCCGAGAUAGAGGACACGACGGAUCCCUGUCCUGGUGCUGUGCAGACUAUGCAGUCGUGGUAUGGACUGCGCGAUCCCGAUGGCUUGUUUGUGCGAGACUUUCAUGUCUGCUUUGGCGAUGUCCGGAAGAUCGAACGCCUAUUACCGACUCUGUCUGGAACGUUCGUCAAGCUGCCACACCGCGCAUCAUACGAGAAGCGAGUGUGCGCAAUUCGCACGGAUAGCAACCGCUUCUCGGCAUACCUGGACGCUCUCGUAUCGACUCACGAAAGAGCCGUCUCAUCCCGCAAAGGAGCCGAUCCAAUGCCUCUCAUUGAUUUGGUCGAACGCAAGACUCGUCUGCGAGAAUGCACUCGGGAUAACAUGCUGAUCGGCGGCCUCUGGCAUUUCGCACCAGACGUUCCCACACUGACCAUUUGCGAGGACUGCUUCGAAUCCGUCGUCGAACCCGAGAUUAGAAAGAACUCCUCCGUCGCGCGGAAAUUCAACCGUACCCUCCAGCCCGUCUACGGCGAAGGUAUCGGAAGCAGCUGCCAGCUCUACUCACGGCGAAUGCGCAAGGUCUUCCAGCGUGCGGUCGAGGAUUCUGACAUCAAGUACCUGUCCCGCAAAUCGAAAGAACGCAGAGAAGCCGAGCUCUGGUUACAGGAUCGAUACAAGGAGGUCAUGAGGAAAGCGAAGCGUUUGGCGCAGGAAGGGAGUGUCGGCGAGGACGAUGAGAGGCGUUUGAAUCGGGAAUUGGAGAAGAUUUCGACCGAGUGGAAGGAGAAAUGGGAGUAA